UUUCCCUGCGGCAUCGUCAUGGUCCUUUUCUUCACGUCCCCCGCCCUCGAGGCACCUGCUACCAUCUAUGUGGGUCGAGACAAAUUCGAGAAUGAAGACUUGAUCAAGUACGCCUUUGAGGAGGAUGUGUGGUUCCACGUGGAUAAGCUCAGUAGUCCCCAUGUGUACUUGCGGAUGUCGGAGGGGAUGAAGUGGGAUGCCAUCCCCACUCCUGUGCUAGAGCAUUUGGGUCAGUUGACCAAGGCCGGUUCAAUCGAAGGGAACAAGAAGAAAAAUAUCACCAUCAUCUACACGCCCGCCUCCAACCUCAAGAAGCAGGGAGACAUGUCCAUCGGCUCGGUCAGCUUCCACAACGACCGGCUUGUUCGGCGCUUCCUGGUAGCCGAGCGGGAGAAUGCUAUUGUGAACAUGCUCAACAAGACGAAGAAGCUUGUCGAAGUGGACCACGAGGCUGUGCGGCAGGAGAGGCAAAGGGAAGCCGGCCGCAAGAAGAAGAUGAAAGCCGUCGAGGAGAACAACGAGAGACUCGAGCAAGAGAGGAUGAGGGCGGCAGAGCGCCAGGCACGGGACUACUCCUCGCUCAAUUCUGCAGACGCUAUCGCUUGGUCGAAGCGCGAGAAGGAGAUCGAGAAGGAGCGAGCAAAGCGGCUGAGGGAGGAAACGGGCGAGGGAGAAGAUCGGGCGAGUGAAGCAGGAAGCGAUGACAGCUUCAUGUGAUCUCCGGCUGCGGACAGGUACUGCCGGGAAAGCCGGCCGGCUGAACGGUCGCCCUCGCCCCUCGGACGCAGCGAUCGCGGGAAGGUCGUGACAGCAAUCGAGG